CCUCCUUCCUAUUACUGUGCCGGCUCAUCAUCUUGGGACAAAGGAGUGAUCUUCUUCCCUCUGCCAGAGAGAAAUCAAUUCACCAUCUUUGUGUGGGGUUUUUAAUAUAUGAGAGGUUGCAACUCUUAGUCUAGGAAAAGUUCAAAGGAUUGCUGCAAGACCACGGAUCUACUAAGAUUUCAUUGGUUGAGCUGCUUUAAGCCUGUAAUUCGGCAUCCUGAAAUGCUCGAAACAUGGUCAGAUUUCCUUGGCAGCCAGUCUGAACUAUAAUUUUUGGGCUCUAUACCAUCAGUUGUGUUCUGAGCCCUCCCCUCUAAGAAGUAUGGGCACGGGAAAGAUCAGUAAUUGUGGCGGGAAUGUUAACGGUCGCUUCCUCUUCUCCUAACAGAAAUUUAAAUCUUUUUCUCCGAAAACUGAAAAGGUUGACGGGUGGUAAGCUUACCUCCUAAGAGGAUGAUGGUUCUCCACUUCAUCCCCACUGUCCCCUGAAGAAUAACAAACUUUGCUUGAUCUGACGGCAUGCUUGGAAUCUUUGUACACCCAUUUGGAAGAUCAGCUGGCUCUUUUUGUCCUCCCCUUUUGCCAAAGCCAAGCAAAAGGAUGGAAGAAGGCGAGGGUAAAGAUAAGGAGAAGUGAAAGGAAAGCAAAGUAGAAUUAUAGGAGGAAAAAGAAAGGAAGCAGAGAAUCUUCUCCACUGAAGCAAAACUAUGACCCAUCAUCCAUUGAUUCAUCCCAGCCAAUUACACCAACCAAGAGGCCAAGGAGGAAGAAAAACAAACCGCUCUCUCCAUGGGCAAUUGCUUCCAGAAAACCUAUGAAAUUCCAAUCACCUCUGGCUCCGGCAAGUCCUCCACUGGAGCUUCACGUCGACGUUCCUUCCCCAAGCAAGAUGCACGACAACCGAAGCCCACCGCCUCGUCCGCCUCCAUUUCGAGAACACCCUCCUCGGCUCAAAUUGGGUUCAUCCUCGAGAAGCCCAUGGUUGACAUCAACUCCCUGUUCACGCUUGAAAAAGAGCUUGGCAGGGGCCAGUUUGGGAUCACCUAUCUAUGCACUGAGAAGGCUACAAGUCUCAAGUAUGCUUGCAAGUCGGUGUCGAAGCGCAAGCUUUUGAGCAGGAGCGACAUUGAGGACCUCCGGAGGGAGGUGCUGAUCCUCCAGCACCUCACCGGGCAGCCCAACAUUGUAGAGUUCAAGGGUGCGUAUGAGGACCGGCACAGCGUGCACCUUGUUAUGGAGCUGUGCUCUGGUGGGGAGCUCUUCGACCGGAUCAUAUCGAAGGGGAACUACUCAGAGCAAAAGGCUGCUGCGGUAUGUAGGGACAUUGUGACUGUGGUGCAUGUGUGUCACUUCAUGGGGGUGUUGCACCGGGACCUCAAGCCGGAGAACUUCUUGCUUGCCAGUAAAGACGAGGACUCCGAGCUCAAGGCCACUGAUUUUGGGCUCUCUGUGUUCAUCGAAGAAGGUAAAGUUUAUAAGGAAAUUGUAGGAAGUGCAUAUUACGUCGCCCCAGAGGUUUUGCAGCGAAAUUAUGGGAGGGAGAUUGAUAUGUGGAGUGCUGGAGUCAUCUUGUAUAUUCUUUUAUGCGGCGUGCCGCCAUUCUGGGCAGAAACCGAGAAAGGUAUAUUUGAUGCCAUAUUACACAGUGAAGCCGACCUCAGAAAUCCACCAUGGCCUACAAUAUCUGAAAAUGCAAAGGACCUCAUAUCAAAGAUGUUGACGAAAGAUCCUGUGAAACGUAUCACUGCCGCCCAAGCCCUUGAACAUCCAUGGCUCAGAAAAGAUGGUGAAGCAUCGGAUAAACCUAUCGAUAGUGCAGUUCUAAUCCGAAUGAAGCAGUUCAGGGCAAUGAACAAACUAAAGAAACUUGCUCUAAAGGUCAUCGCAGAGAACCUCUCAGAAGAGGAGAAGAAGGGUCUGAAGCAAAUGUUCAGAAACAUCGAUACUGAUAAGAGCGGUACAAUUACAUAUGAAGAAUUGAAGGUUGGUCUGUCUAGGCUAGGAUCACGGCUUGGCGAAGCAGAAAUCAGACAACUUAUGGAUGCAGCUGAUGUAGACAAGAAUGGGACUAUUGAUUACAUGGAAUUCAUUACUGCUACAAUGCAUCGACAUCGACUGGAAAAGGAUGAGGACUUGCUUAAGGCUUUUCAAUACUUUGAUACGGAUGGAAGUGGGUAUAUAACAAGAGAUGAACUGAGACAAGCCUUGUCGCAAUAUGGAAUGGGUGAUGAGGCAACCAUCACUGAAAUAAUUGAGGACGUCGAUAUAGAUAAUGAUGGAAGGAUUAACUAUGAAGAAUUUGUGGCAAUGAUGAGGAGAGGAAACCAUAUGUGAUCUUAAAGGAAGCAGAAUACAUACCAGUUGACAAGAUUUCUGAACAACGCUGUGCCUAAACAGCAUUCCUUGCAUACUGAAUAACUAAGUAAACCAAAAGCUCCCUGCUCAGUUUUAAGGCAUCUUGAGUUAUAAAUACAUAAGUCAGAACAUGUUGGCAAAAUCUGAGAAUACAUGGCAAACUUGGUCUUCAAAUAUCAAGAGCAUCUUCGUCACUCCGAUAUCAUUAAUAAUGUUGGGAGAUUAUCCAAGAAUGUCUGAACUAAUAGACACUUUCGAUCUAGUAUUUAUAAAUUUCUAAAAGCGUUUCGUCUCUUA